GAAUAUGUGAUCGAGGUUGAAGCACUGAUCGGUAAUGCACGAAAGUGGAGCGUUGAACGACGAUACACGCAGUUUCGUGAAAUGAACAAAAAUUUGGAGAAAUUUGGCGUUGAAUUGGGUUUUCCACCAAAGAAAGCGAUUGGAAAUACGAAAGAGCAAUUCAUCGUUCAACGCAAAGAAGCAUUACAAGUUUGUGCUCGUUCAAAUAUGUCCCUUCAAUCCAUCAACUUGUGCGAUUUCUGA